AUGGUAGACGUCGACCGGAGAAUGACCGGCCUAAAUCCGGCCCAUAUUGCCGGUUUACGCCGUCUCUCAGCUCGAGCGGCUGCCCCAUCAACAACCACUUCACUCCCGCCUCGCAACAGCCUCCUCUCUUUCUCUUCCUUAGCUGAUAAAGUAAUUACCCAUUUGCGCAAUUCGGGUAUACAAGUGCAACCUGGUCUUACUGAAUCUGAAUUUGCCCGAUCCGAAGCUGAAUUCGGCUUUGCUUUCCCUCCUGACCUCCGCGCCGUCCUCUCUGCCGGUCUCCCUGUCGGCCCAGGAUUCCCAGACUGGCGCUCUGCAGGUGCUCGCCUCCACCUACGCGCCUCUCUUGACCUCCCUAUAGCUGCUAUUUGCUUCCAAAUUGCCCGAAACACUUUGUGGUCGAAAUCUUGGGGUCCUAGACCAUCUGACCCUGAAAAAGCUUUACGGGUCGCGAGAAAUUCACUUAAAAGAGCCCCUCUUUUGAUUCCCAUUUUUAACCAUUGUUACAUUCCUUGCCAGCCAUCAUUAGCGGGUAACCCAAUUUUCUUUAUCGAUGAGAGUCGGAUCUUUUGUUGCGGGUUGGAUCUAUCAGAUUUUUUUGACCGUGAAUCUCUCUUCCGGAGCUUCGAAUCUGACCCGAUUGUAAUAAAAAAGCAGAAGUCUGUUAGUGAGAAAUCUUCUGGGCUAUCCAAUAAUCUCUCGCGGAGGAGUUUGGAUACGGGUCUGGUAAACGGGUCGAGGACACCGAGAUGGGUAGAGUUUUGGAGUGACGCGGCGGUGGACAGGAGAAGGAGGAAUUCAGCAUCCUCUUCGUCGGGAUCUUCGUCGCCUGAAAGGUUUUUUGAGAUGUCAAGAUCCGAAAUUCCGAAAUGGGUGGGGGAUUAUAUAGAGCAAAUCGGGUCGGUUUUGAGAGAAGGCGGGUGGAGGGAGUCCGACAUAGAGGAAAUGGUUGAAGUAUCAGCGUCGGGUUUCUUUGAGGGUGAAAUGGUAAUUUUGGAUAAUCAAGCGGUACUAGAUGCUUUGCUUUUGAAAGUGGAUCGGUUCUCGGACUCGCUCCGUAAAGCUGGGUGGAGCUCCGAGGAAGUGUCGGAUGCUUUGGGGUUUGAUUUUAGACCAGAGAAGGAGAGGAAACCGGUUAAGAAAUUGUCGCCUGAACUAGUUGAGAAAAUUGGGAAAUUGGCUGAGUCGGUCUCCCGGUGA